CCAAUCCACACUUACGUCAUAUAACCAAUAUGGCGUCGGUGUCAAAGGUCAAAGGGGAAAACCCGAGUUGUUUACAAAUGGCGUCCUUAGAGUUUCGAUACCGAGUGCUAUAGCCAGUUUAGGAUUUUUUGAGUGUCUACAUAUUUACAUCAGCUUUUUAUCUUAUAUAUUUGUAUAAAUUGUUUACACCAUGGAUACAAGUGAUCAAACUUUAACUUUUGAUGCAUUUUUGACCUGGAAAACGGAGGCUUUACGUGAAUAUCUUGGAAAACGCGGACUUGCGAAGGACAAAGCCAAGCAAGAACUUGCGGCUUUAUGUUAUUCAGCACAUGUAAUGAAAAUUCCAGAAAUACCAUCGGCAGCGGAAAAUGUUAAGGUCAGACAGUUCGAUUAUCAAAAUUUACUGAAUGUUAACGGGACCACUAUACCAGAUCCAUUUACUCUUCACAAGAACUGGGCAGAUGAACGUGAUGGGAUGAAAAGCUGGCCACCCGUUUAUCUGAGUGACAUUAUUGAAUAUGCCGGUGUUUGUGACACCAACUUUAACAUAACCAAGUUCCUCCAACAAUAUAAAUUAGGUAAAGGACAGUCAUUUGUUGAUGCGGGCCACACUGGGGAGAUAUUUCAUCACCAGAUCUCCAAGGAAUCAACCGUGUGCCUGGUUCGUUCAGAUUGCAUCCCUUCACAGCACAUUAAAGACGAUCCCCAUAAGAUAUGGAUAUGCGUUGAGAAAGAGACAGGGACCAUCAGGUCAUCAUAUUGUACAUGCACAGCAGGGUUAGGAUCCCCCUGUGUCCAUGUUGUUUCUGUUCUUUUCCGCAUUGAGACAGCUCAUCGCUUAGGAGUCUCAGCAUGCACUUCUUUACCCUGCUCUUGGACUGUGCCCGCUUUCAAGUCCACCAGAGCGCCACCUUCAAAACUAAAAGAACUUGAAGUGUCAAAGCCAGUUCAUUCAUUGACUUGUGGCAAAAAGCGUUCCCUUGUAUCAACAAUUAAGAAGGAGUUUAACCCAGUACAUACCGGUAAUACAACCAAGGACUGUUUAAAGGACAUAACAGAUGCGAUAAGAAAUUCGAUACCAAAUGCAUGUGUUUUUAAAGGUACCAUUAUUUCUAAAUGGUAUAGAUAUACCAAAAGAAGAAGUGAAAAUCAGAACAGAAGAGCCCGUCAACAUACAGAAGUAUAUGCUAGAGAAAAUGGUCAUGGAUGGACUAGAAGGCCCAAGUAUAGCUCACAAUCUGAGGCAGGAAACUGUUGAGGCACUUAACAAAGCUACUAUGGGUCAGCAUGCAAACAGUACAUGGCAUAAUUUAAGGAAAGGUAGAAUCACAUCAUCAAAUUUUCACUCUGUUCAGUGUAAAAUUGAAUAUAAUAGAAGUGAAACAGUAGUUAAA